ACCUAUUUGCCAGUGCACAGAAUUACAAAUGUCAAAGAUACGCUUCAUGGAAACUUGACCCUUAUGCUGAAAUAGUAGACGCGUUUACCUUCAACUGGCAGGGAAUUUUCUUUUACGCCUUCCCUCCAUUCAGUCUAAUUACCAGACUGUUAGAAAAAAUUAAAUUAGAUAAAGCAGUCGGUAUUGUAGUAGUACCGUACUGGCCAUCACAGCCAUGGUUUCCCUUGUGGUCCAGGCUUGUUGUUUCUGAAAAAAUAUUUUUCGGCCCUCAUAUGUCUUUGUUACACUCUCCUUUCAGAGUCUGUCAUCCGCUUCAUGCGAGCCUUAUCCUGGUGGCAGCGAAAUUAUCAGGCAAUCUAUGAUCAAGCGCGGGGUCCCACAAGCAUCCUUGGACGUAAUGAUGGCCUCCUUUGCUAAAAAUACUUUAAAGCAAUAUAGUAGUUCUAUCAAAUGUUGGUGGUAUUUUUGUAAAACAAAUAAUGUUGAUUUAUAUAAUGCUGAUUAUACUAAGAUUAUAGCGUUCCUAACUACAAAACUUAAUGAAGGCGCCAGUUACAGUAGUUUAAAUAUACAUAGGUCCGCUUUGUCUAUAUUAUUAGGUUCAAAUGCGACUUCAAAUGAUAACAUUAAUCGAUUUUUUAAAGGGGUAUUUAGAUUAAACCCUCCAAAUCCUAAAUAUCAAUCAACUUGGGAUACAAAUGUUGUAUUAAAUUAUUUAUCGAAUGUAUACCCUUACGAUAACAUAGCACUAGCUGAUUUGACAUAUAAGACUUGCGCGCUUUUAGCUAUAGCGUCUGCUCAAAGAAUGCAAACGAUUAGUUUAAUUAAGCUUCAAAAUAUUAAAAUACAAAAUGAUGCAAUUGUUAUUAAAAUAUCUGAUUUUAUUAAAACAUCGCGGCCCGGAACCUACCAACCACUCAUCAGAUUACCUUUCAUUUUAGAGAGGCCCAGUGUUUGUCCAGCUUUGGCACUUCGAAAUUAUAUAGAUAAAACUAGGGCUUUACGGUCAAAUCAUUCGGAAGGAAAUCUUUUUAUUAGUACCCGAAAGCCUCACAAAACUGUAGGUUCACAAACGUUAGCACAUUGGGUAAAACAUGUGUUAGAGAAAAGCGGUGUUGAUAUAACAUUAUUUGGAGCUCACAGUACGCGUGCAGCGUCCACAUCGGCCGCGCACAGCUCCGGAGUUAACCUGGAAGUGGUUCGUAAGGCUGCGGGCUGGAGCGAUACUUCUAAUGUAUUCCUUAAAUAUUACUGUCGGGAAGUAGUACACACUGAUAAAGACCAAUUUGUUAAUGCUUUAUUUAGGACCGAUUUAGAUGAGAACUAG